AUGGCCCAACAAGGGUCUGGGAAACCUUUUCGUCCCAUUGCCCCAAGGAGGAUACCAGAACCUCCAACCCCGGCUGCUGCGCCCGAGGAGGGGAAAAUAAAGCGCGCUUCUACGGCUUGCGGGGAAUAUACAACAGGGACGCCGUGCGCUGAAUGUGCUCUUCACGACCGGGAGUGCGUGAUCGAUGAAUUCGCCGACAAGCGACGUAAAGUCGCGGCCAAGCGUGCCCAGGAGGAUUUGAAAUAUUACCGUGGCUUUGUGGAACAACUCCUUGAGGCGCUGCGAUUCGGUGAUCGUGCCACCAUCGACGGCAUUCUCGACGUCAUCCGAUCGGGCGCAACUCAUGAUGAAAUCCGGGCCGUUAUUGCUCGCUCCGCACCGAAAGAUGAGAUAAAUAUUCUUGACGGGGUGGACUCCGUGGCAACAGACGGCAACAACAGCACACCGGCGAGCUCCAGGCCGGAUGGUUUACCCAAUGACGAGAAAUAAAACGAACCCUACCACCAGCGACGAUAUAUAUCAAAUUGAUGACCAACUUACCUUUCCUAUCUACGACUCCGACAUGAGCACGCGACGACAGUACCGGUUCACCUUUUACCAUAUUAUUCGACGAGACAAUGAGAAGCUACGUUAGAGGCCUCGGUGAAGGAGACGAGGGGAAGGGAAAAAGGGGCCAGGUUAUGUGAAGGGUAAUAUAAUUCCCUU